CACUCGCGGCCACACCGCCGCGUUCCUCUUGCACGCCCGCGGCUCACGUCAGCCGGCGCCGUCACUGCGCGUUACCCUCUAACUCGGGGGGGCGUAGGUUUCUACCGGCUUUCUCAGACACAAUGAACCGAGGAGCUGCGUAAAACGGACAAGUCGGGGGUGGGAGCAGGAAAAAGCGCACCUUUUCAAGUUGAUUUUCGAUCGUUUCGGCAUUUUCGUUCGACGCAUUCGGCCUUUUGGUGCGCAGUUACCGUUUAAAGCAAAAAUAAUCGCCGCUUAGGAGCGCUAGCUAUCGGUUCAAAAGCGGAGAUCCGGGCGGAAUCAGGAGACUCGCUGGCCCGACAAGAUACUGGUUACUACAGCUCGCUUAGCCUGCCCAGUUAUACGACGAAAUAACAUGUCGGUGUUCGCCUAUUCGGAUUACUUAGCUGCCGAGUGCCUGGUGUCCAUAUCCAGCGGACCCGUCCUCCACCGACCCACGCCGGUGGCUUCUGCCGCCGUGGGUCCCCCCCCGGCCCUGCCUCUCGGGGAGCCCGAGGGGUCGAGGGAGGAUAAGGAGGUUCGGGACACCCUGAAGCAGGAAGGCUCCAGUAUAAUGACGGUGGCCGGGAUCCUGACGGACCUCCACGGCAAAUUCCGCCCCAUGUCGGCCUACUCCGAAAGCAGCAACUCGUCGUGCGGGGAGAGCGGAUACACCACGUUGUCCGACUCCACAACCCCGACGCCCACCAUGACCCCGAGCGCCACGCCGACCCCCGGGCAGCACGGCCCAGCCCAGCAGCAGGUGUGGCCGGCGGCUGCUGGGGGGCCCUCCCGCUCCCCCGUUAAACGGCACCCGUGCACUUUCGAUGGCUGCGACAGAGUUUACGGGAAAUCGUCUCAUCUGAAGGCGCACAUCAGGACUCACACAGGUGAGCGGCCCUUCCCUUGCACCUGGGCCGGCUGCGAGAAGAAGUUUGCACGCUCGGAUGAGCUGGCGAGGCACAAGCGCACGCACACUGGGGAGAAGCGCUUCCCCUGCCCGCUUUGUGACAAGCGUUUCAUGCGCAGCGACCACCUGGUCAAACAUGCCCGCCGCCACCCCGACUUCCGCCCUUCCAUGAUUGGACGUAAGGGCGCAGCUACCCCUGGCACCGAGGGAGUGUAGACGACGUUCAUCUCCCACUACUCCACCCAGCGCAUUCAACAUGGACCCCAUAACACCGACCUUGCCUCUCCCCACUCUUCCCACUCUUAACCUCUGAUACUGUGGGAGGAGACACUGUCAGAAGAGUACGGUCUUACUCAAAUACACAACGGCUUCAACUCCAGCUCCGCCCACCGUGGCCCCAACACUUACGCAACACCUGGAAAGACCUUGAUACAUCCCUUGUUUUUGAGAACACCUUGUACUGCAGCUGCCUGUUCUCGUGCAGGCUUCUUUUUCGGUGGGUGGGGGCCUGGAGGGGGGGGGAGUUUCCACAUCAAGCACAGAACCACCUACAGGUGCUGCACAUUCCAUGUUGAUGGCUGUUUUGUGACCAUAGAUAGAAUAUUAGAGUAUUAGUCACUUUGUUGUUGGCCCAUUGUCACACUGCAAGGCUCGUCAUUGCGCCGCCUGGUGGUCCGAGUCAGCAGCGCAUUGACCCUGCCAUGCAGUGAAACGUCUGCAGAGUACAUGUAGCGCAGUGUCUCAUCUUAUCUGCAGCUUGAGAAGCUGAAAGCUCUUGCAGAAGAGAUGAUAAUCAUGAACACCAUUUAGAACUAACAUCCGGAAUGAGUUACUGUUCUUGCGUUCAGGUGACGGGGAACCAGGGCAGCUAUAUCACUUGGAUUUUCCACCGCAUUUUGGUUGAAAUCUAGAAUUGCGUAACUGGAACAUUAGAACUCUUUUAAUAUGACCAAAAAUUCUUAUUUCUUGGAGCAGAAUGUUUUUUUCAGAAAAUAACCUAUAAAAUUGUUUUACUUUAGAUUUCAGUUGAUUCAGUUUCGAAUGACAUGAAUACUCGCAGUUCCAGAUUUCCAUGUCCAGAUUUUACCGGAAACCCGGGGAAAAUGCGAGCGUUGUAGUGCCCGGGGACUUUAUGCUUGAUUUAGACUAGAGAGCUGCUAGUGUGUGUGUGCGUAUGUCUCUGCGCGUGUGGGUGAGUGCAAGAUCUCUGUAAAACAAUCUACUGUCUUGGCAGUCUGUCCAACCUCAGGAUGGACACCUUUAUCUCAGUGACUCCAUCAGGAAACUCAUAAAGCCUUAAGACAUUUCACAGUUACUGCACCAUAGUUUACUGUUGGACUUGUACAGGUAUAUAUGCCAAAUGGCACAUUACAGACACAAAAAGAGAAAUAUAUAUGCAAUAUGGCACUUUUCCUACAAGUGAUGUCUAUCUCCCAUUGGCUGCUAGAAUGAUAGCCUCCAUUCCAGAUACACCCUCAUGCUUAUUGAUAUUGUGUACUUGUACUGGACAUAUCGUAUGGCAGUUUGUCCAAGUGCUUGAACAAGUGCGACAAAGGACAGAAUAAUAAAGUGAAUCUACUGUCUCUGGCUUCAGGUAUUUCUACAGUUAUGUUGUACGUGCUUCAUGUGUCCCAGGUGAUGCGGUUCAUAUCAUGCAAGUUAUAUGUAUUCAGUCUCCUUGAGUAGCAUGUUCCUACUGUUUACUAUUUGUACCACUAGGUGGUGGUAUUUUCCGCAAAAUUUUCUGCUAUUUGCUGUUUUUACCACUAGGUUGUGGUAUUUCCCACGAAUGCUUCUCUCUACAGUUUAGUUUUUUUGGAUGCAGCCACUCUUGUGUUUGUGCUACACUUUCAAUGCAAUAUUUUGCUAGGAUUGGAUUUUUUACUGUGGGCAUUGUGCACGAUAUGACAGCAUAUUGGAAAUGUUUCGUUUAAAUUUCUUUUGGUUUAAAUACAUUUACAAAUGCCUCUUUGCAGUCGUGGGAAAAAUGAAGUAUUGACUGAUUUUUGAGUAACUGCUGGCAGUUAUCUUCAACAAUGUGUUGUUAGUACUUCAUAAACAAAAAAAUAGAUAUACUUGGACAAACUGAUUUAAUCAUAUUUUCACUCUCAAAAGGAAUACAUAAUCAUACCCAAAAUUAAUUUGACAUUUGAUUUGGAGAUAUCAAGAUAUAACAUUUUGGGUGAGAAAGGAGAUGUUUCCUCCUGCUAAUUAAAUGGGUUUUCAGUUCCUCCUCUGACUCCUCUAGGGCCAGACUGAAUUUUUAUCAUGUGCUUCAACAGGGAAAAGAAUUGGAUCCCAGACCCUUAGUUUGGCUUAACUCAAGAAAGCCUCAAUGAAAUUGCACUGUUAUGCUAUACUAUAAAUAUUAAUAUUUCAGUUAUAAUUUUAUGCACAAGUAUUUUUAUUGAUAAAACAAUAUUUAGUCUGACUAGUGCAAUUGGGACUGUUAGUAUAUUUUUAAGUUUUUUUGGCUAGUAAUAAGAUGACUGUAGUAAAUGUCAGUUUAAGAUCAUGGCAGUGGGCAGUUGGGGGUGACUGCUGUCGUCUGCCCUAGUUCCAUGUUCAGGACUCAUGAUCUCAGCUUCUCAUACCUCACCUCAGAGCAAGUGUUCAACCUCAUUUCCAGUUUCAUCACCAUGCUCAAGGCGGUGGCCUGUUUGCCAUUGUUAUGCGAUAGGACUCCAGAUUGAUUUUGUUGUGGCAUCUUGUCUUAAUGUUCAGAUGGUCACAGGUGACCUCCGGUGAUUGUUGCCAGUGGUUACUUUGGACCCUCAUUUUUGUCUAGGUUUUGCUUUGGUUUUUUCUCUCUCAUCUUCUGGGAAACGAGGGGUAUCUGGUUCUGUUUUCAAACCUGAAAAUUCCUCUGGAUUUUUUCCCCUCUUGGAUGUAGUAGAAAAAAAAUGAAUUUUCCAUUUUUUUCCUGUGCAACAUGUAAAAAUAAGCAUGUUUUUGUUCUUCUGAUUAAUUUAUUACAUGUUUGUGUGGUUUGAGUAUCAUUUUUAUAGCUAAUUUUUUUGUGGUAUGGAACAAUAAUCGGUUUUCCUUUUUUGCUUAAAAGAAUACUACCAGUGCUUUUUAAAUCUGAAAAUAAAAAUGGUGAACAGUU